AUGUCGUCUGGCUGUAAGGUCGGUCCGUCCAUUCUGAACAGCGACCUGUCUCGCCUGGCGGCGGAGUGCGAGCGCAUGCUGCAAUGCGGGGCCGACUACCUGCACCUGGAUGUCAUGGACGGGCAUUUUGUUCCUAAUCUCACGUUUGGUCAUCCUGUGGUGGAGUGCCUCCGAAAGCAUCUAGGAAAUGACCCAUUUUUUGAUAUGCACAUGAUGGUUGCUAAACCGGAACAGUGGGUUAAACCCAUGGCAGCUGCAGGUGCCAACCAAUACACAUUCCAUAUAGAAGCCACCGAAAACCCUGGAGCCCUGAUUAAAGAGAUCCGAGAAAGUGGCAUGAAGGUGGGCCUUGGUAUUAAACCGAACACCACAGUGGAAUAUCUCGCACCAUGGGCAAAUCAGAUUGAUAUGGCUCUGGUGAUGACUGUGGAACCCGGUUUUGGUGGACAGAAGUUCAUGGAAGACAUGAUGCCCAAGGUGCAGUGGUUAAGAUCACAGUUUCCAUCGCUUGACAUAGAGGUGGAUGGGGGAGUUGGACCAGACAAUAUUCACCGCUGUGCAGAGGCUGGCGCUAAUAUGAUUGUGUCUGGAAGUGCCAUUAUGAAGAGUGACGACCCGCGCUCCGUGAUCAAUCUUCUCCGGAAUGCCUGCUGUGAAGCCGCUCAGAAGCGCUCAUUGGAUCGGUGAAUCCUGGUAAAUGCCGGACGGAUACACUGGUUGUGACCAGACCACGAUCAAGUCUUUCCAGACAGGAAGCAGGCCUGGGACAUGGACUUUGCGGGUGUGCACCACUGGACUCCUUGAAGCAAUUCUCUUUUCCCGUGAAGAAUGACUAUUACUUUUCCCUUUCAUACACAUCAUGGUUUGUCUUACAAGACAUCCACCAGAGAAACUUGUUUUCUUUUGGAGGAAAUAUGUUCUUCCCUCUUGAAACCUAAUGUGGAACUAAGCCCGUAAGCAAAAGAUUGAAGUAUGCCAGGCUGGGGUCUUUAGCAUUUGCAUGAUACCUUGCCAUAUCUAUGAGGAUCUAAUACACACGACUACUUACCUGUUAUUUUUUUUAAACCAUAAAACUUUGUUCA